AUGGAGGUCGCCUCAUCAGGCGUGCCAAAUGGCGUCUCAACACCAGAGACCGCAGCUAUUGUUGAUUCCGGUGCGGUCAUUCAGUACUUGACCGAAGUGCUCCAGGUGACACUGGGAGCCCAGAGAUCCGAGCUGGAAAGCGCUGGGAGCUUGCUUUCGGAAUCAAAAUACAAUGAAACACUGCAGCGGUGUACGCGAUUUGCCUCGGAAGCGCAAGUCGCUCUCUAUGUGCAAAAGGACAUUGUGACAGCGGAGGAAACCAACGGCGAAGCGGAGGACCAAGACAUUGGAAGAUAUGAUGCUAAUGAUGCCGGUGAAGAAACAGCGGUACAAUAUGUCUACAACCUUUCCUCCGAUAUUUCGUCCGCUCCUACAACUGUGUCUUCGGUGGCUAUCAUCAAACGACCUGCUCCAAUCGACAUGAGCCUUCCAAUAGCGUCGCAGGUCCAAGUCAUGAAUCUUCCCGGUCCCGCUUCUCUCAGCAAUAGCUCCGGUCAGCAGGGGAAUUCAAUGUCGCCCUACCAGAUCCUACACUUGAUGAUACACCAUGGUCUCAGCCCUUACUUCGAAUCCUACACUCGCAGCCAGGAGACGGCCGUCGGCACAAAAUCAAAAACGGAUACGGAGGCAAAGACUGGUAUCCCGGGAACCAAGAAGAGAUUCGCAGACUUGGAGCGGGGGUUGAUAAACCUCCAGGAGAAUGCGGAGAUUCCAGCUUUAAACUUGCCUCUUCACGAAGUGGUACAGGCCGCUCUGCAGGAUGCCGAAGCACGUGGUAUCAAAGCAUCGGUUGAGUUGAUUCCAUCGACGGUACUGGAGAGCAGCGCUUUCACAAAUAGCAUUCAGAACGUCGUGAACGGCUGGAUUAGGUCCAUCCAGACGAUCACCAAGAUGUCCCGCGACCCGGACAGUGAGUCUGCCUCUCCUGAGGUAAACUUCUGGCUAUCCCUGGAGGCUGCACUGGAGGGAAUCGAGGCCCAGCUUCUAAGCGAGGGUGUUCGCUUGACUAUGGACAUUCUCCGCCAUGCAAAACGAUAUCAGCCGACUCUCAGUUUCGUGGCGGACACUGGAUUGAAAGAGGCUACCGAUUUGGUCCAGAAGUACAACCAGUUGAUGCGAGACUUCCCUCUCGAUGAGCUCCUCUCCGCGACUUCUCUGCAAAAGGUCCAGGAAUCACUGAACUUGAUUUUCACUCACCUGAAUAAGAAGUUGAAGAUUUGCCCCUACCCCAUCAAGCGGGCACUUUCACUCGUCGAAGCCAUCUCGGGUGAUCUCGAUAAGAAGAUCCAUGAGCUUAUAACUGGACGUACAAUCUUGCAUCUGGAUUACCGUGAGUUCCGGUCUUUGAUGAAGACCACACAAGCCAUCUGGCGUACUUGGGACGAGAACUUGAAGGAAUUCACAAACGUUGCGCGUGAAUCAACACGGCGUCGUAACGAAAAAUUCAUUCCGAUCAAAAUCAAUGCGAGACACGACAAAACCCGCGAGCGGGUGCAGUACGUCGAUACCUUCAGGAUCAACCAUGAACAGCUCCAGAAAACCAUUAUCAAUGUCCUGGGACCCAACAGCUCUUCAUCUAACGGGAAUGGAGCUGGAGUUGAUGCCGAUGGUGCCGUGAUAGUCGAGGAGAUUGGCGAUGUUGAUGCAGUGGAGGAAGUUGCGCACGCCUACGCUUCUCUCAAGAACGUGGACGUGUUGGAUGUUUCACCAGAGGGAUCUCUUAUCUGGGAGCAGUCCGAAAUUGCUUACAGUGAGCGUACUUCCCGUGUUGAGAACUCUAUCAUUGCUCGUCUACGUGACCGUCUGGCUACUGCCAGGAAUGCCAACGAGAUGUUCCGCGUGUUCUCGAAGUUCAACGCUCUUCUCGUUCGUCCUAAGAUCCGUGGUGCAAUUGGCGAGUACCAAACGCAACUUAUUGAUAAUGUCAAGCGAGAUAUCAGUGCUUUGCAUGAGCGCUUCAAGCAACAGUACGGUAAUUCGGAAGCUCACGCUAUGGCCCAACUACGGGACCUGCCACCCGUGUCCGGCGCCAUUAUCUGGACCCGUCAGAUUGAGCAUCAGCUUAAUGGCUACAUGCGCAAGGUCGAAAACGUCCUUGGCGAGAACUGGCACCUACACGCCGAGGGCCAGAAGUUGCAGAAUGAGGGUAACUUGUUCCGCAAGAAGCUCGACACCCGGCCUGUCUUCGAGUCAUGGCUGUGGGACGUUCAACGGCGCCAUUUUACAAUCGCUGGACGGCUGUUUAAUGUCGUGCGCAACCGAUCAGCAGGAAACGUUUUGGAGCUGGCAGUCAACUUCGAUGCUCAGAUCAUUGCUCUCUUCAAGGAAGUCCGCAAUCUUAUCUGGCUCAACUUCCAGGUUCCUCAUGCUGUCAGUAAUAUCUCGAAGGAGGCGAAGCGUGUUUACCCCUACGCCAUUAGUCUGAUGGAGAGCGUUCGCACCCUGUUGCAGACGAAUCGAGCAAUUGCGUCGAUGACCGGUGUCAAUAUGCUGCUCAACGGCUACAUGAACGACACGCAGAUUAUGGUUGCUAAGGGUAUCCCUCUCCGGUGGGAGUCCUUUGUCCAUUCUUACGAGCUACAUGUCAAGCAGUCAGCAUUGGCAAAUGGUGCCAUCGAGUCAUCUCUGUCUGGUCGUUCCGAAAGCAAGCAUGUUCAAUUUGUCCGCGAGUUUGCUAUUUCGGCAUCCACACUUCAGACGAAAACUACUGUGCUUGACACCAUCAACGAGAACAUUCAGAAAUCCAUCCAUGAACUGAAGACAUGUCCAUACGACGCAUCGGCUUUCAAGCAACGUUUGGACAGCAUCCAAGUUUCUGUUGACAAGCUUAACCUCGAAAACUACGUGAACCUUGGAUACUGGGUUGCUGAGCUUAAUAGAACCAUCGAGGCAAUUCUGCGUGAGCGACUUCUUCGCGCUGUGCGCGAGUGGAUCAUCACCUUCAAAGGCAGCAACCAUGAGGACUCGACUUCUCAUCAUCAGCUUGCAACGGCCGAAACGGAUGCUUUGAAUUACAAGAUCCAGUUCCCUGAACUCUUCCACGAGAUUCUGAUGAGAAAUCAAGUCCUCCACCUGGACCCACCGUUGCAAUUCGCACGCGCAAGCUGGUUCUCCCACUUUGAUUCAUGGCUCGGUGUGAUUUGCAACCUAGAAAAGAUCAAACCCUCCCGUUACCAGAUCUCAAUUGGUGUGCAAAAUGUUCGUCUGUCCGAAGUCUGCUUCUCCGACCUACCGCAAAAUUGCACCGAUGAGCUCAAUCAAGUCUACAAUGUUGUCGAGUCGAGACUGAAGGACGUGACGGAGUAUGUCGAUAAGUGGCUGCAGUUCCAAUCGCUUUGGGAUCUUCGGUCUGAGCAGGUCUACGAGAUCUUGGGAGAUGAUCUGUCUCAAUGGCUACAGCUUCUUCAGGAAAUCAGAAAGAGCCGGGCUACAUUCGAUACUUCCGAAGUCAGCCGCGCCUUCGGAAACAUCAGGAUUGAUUACGAGCAAGUCCAAACCAAGGUGAACGCCAAAUACGACCAGUGGCAGCAUGAGAUUCUCGUAAAGUUCGGUUCCAAGCUUGGUGGCCGUAUGAGAGAGGUUCAUUCUGAGAUUGCUGCUGCCCGCAGGGAUUUGGAAGGCCAAACCCUGGAGGCUUCUUCAACGGCCCAUGCCGUAUCUUUCAUUACCAUUGUCCAGCAGUGCAAGCGCAAGACUCGAGUCUGGGAGCCCGAGGUUGAUCUCUUCCGUCAAGGUCAAACCACACUCGCCCGCCAACGUUACCAGUUCCCGUAUGACUGGCUUCACGUUGAGAAUGUUGAUGGUGAAUGGGCAGCCCUAAACGAACUGCUUAGCCGCAAGAGCAAAAUUGUCAACGAGCAAACUGAAGGCCUACGUGCAAAGAUUAGCGCCGAAGACCACGUCAUUGCCGGCAAGAUCGCUGAAGUUAUUGGCCAAUGGAAUGACGAGAAGCCGGUCUCUGGCACUAUUCCACCCGAGGAAGCAUCUCGUACCCUGAGCUCUUUCCAGUCUCGCCUCGAGUCUCUCCAGUCUGAGUUUGAGAUGUUCCGAGUCAUCACUUCCCCCAUUCUCGAGGAGGUCCAGGACUUCAUGUCUGUCUGGGCUGCUCUAGCGACUAUUUGGAAUAGCCUCAAUGACCUUCGCGAUGGCCUGUGGACUAGCGUGCAACCCAGGAAGCUCCGACAAUCUCUCGACAAUUUGAUCAAAAUGACCAAGGAAAUGCCCAGUCGCAUGAGACAAUAUGCUGCCUUUGAACAUAUUCAGAAUGUCCUUCGGCAGCUGCUGAAGGUCAAUUCCCUUCUGUCUGACAUGAAAUCCGAAGCCGUCAAGGAAAGACACUGGCAUAAGAUUUACAAGAGUCUUAAACCCGACAAGCGUUUCUCUCUUGUCUCUUUGACUCUUGGUGAUGUUUGGGAUUUGCAACUCGCAUCAAGUGAUUCCAUCAUUCGUGCUAUUAUCGCACAGGCACAGGGUGAAAUGGCAUUGGAGGAAUUCCUGAAGUCCGUUCGCGAGACUUGGCAAAACUAUUCUCUGGAUCUGGUACACUACCAGAACAAAUGCCGCCUGAUCAAAGGCUUCGAUGAUCUGUUCGCCAAGUGUAGCGAGAAUCUGAACUCCCUUCAGGCCAUGAGGCAUUCUCCAUACUACAAAGAAUUCGAAGAAGAAGCCACAUCUUGGGAAGAUAAGCUGAACCGAGUCCAUGUUCUUUUCGAUGUCUGGAUCGAUGUCCAGCGACAAUGGGUCUACCUGGAAGGCGUCUUCACCGGCAAUGCUGACAUCAAGCAUCUUCUUCCUUUGGAAUCGGGCCGUUUCCAGAAUAUUAACUCCGAAUUCUUCACUGUCAUGAAGAAGGUGUACAAAUCUCCAUUCGUUUUGGAUAUUCUCGCAAUUGUUGACGUGCAGAAGUCCUUGGAGAGACUGGCUGAUUUGCUCAACAAAAUCCAAAAGGCCCUUGGUGAAUAUUUGGAGCGUGAGCGUGUCUCAUUCCCUCGCUUCUAUUUUGUUGGAGAUGAGGACUUGUUAGAGAUUAUUGGUAACAGCAAUGAUAUCUUCCGCGUUGCUAAGCAUUUCAAAAAGAUGUUUGCUGGAAUGUCAGGCCUUGUCAUGGAUGACGAUAACAAUAUUGUUGCAUUCACCUCCAAGGAGGGUGAAGAAGUCCGCCUGAAGAAAGAAGUCAACCUCCUCAAGACUCCUCGGAUCAAUGACUGGCUCUCCGCGCUAGAGAACAGCAUGAAGUUGACUCUGGCUGAGCUUCUUGGCGAGGCCGUUGAACAAUUUGGCGUCCUUUACCAUAGCAGCGAUGUGGACCGAACAGCUUUCAAUGACUACCUCUCUAACUACCCUGCUCAGAUUGUGGUCCUUGCCAGUCAGGUUACUUGGACCAAUGCAGUGCAACACUCGCUGGAAGAAGGAGGUGCAACUCUCCCCUCGUUGCACGGUUCCGAGGUUCGGAUUCUCGAGUUGCUGGCUGCCACGGUGCUUGGUGAACUCGACCCGAUCACUCGCAAGAAGUGUGAGCAUAUGAUCACCGAGUUCGUUCACCAGCGUGACUGCAUCUCCAAGCUCAUCAGUCUCAAUGCUACGACACCCACGCACUACCAUUGGCUCCUCCAGAUGCGUUAUGUCUUCAACGAUUCGGUCGAUUUCUUGGAGCGCCUGUAUGUCCACAUGGCCAACGCUAAGCUCGCCUACGGAUUUGAGUAUCUGGGUGUGCCUGAGCGCCUUGUUCGCACGCCUCUCACAGAUCGUUGUUUCCUCACCCUUACUCAAGCUCUUUGCCAGCGACUGGGUGGCUCACCCUAUGGUCCUGCUGGUACCGGAAAAACCGAGUCAGUCAAGGCAUUGGGUCUGCAACUCGGUCGUUUCACCCUUGUCUUCUGUUGUGACGACACAUUCGAUUUCCAAGCAAUGGGUCGGAUAUUCCUCGGUAUCUGCCAGGUUGGUGCGUGGGGUUGCUUUGACGAGUUCAAUCGUCUGGAAGAACGUAUCCUGUCAGCUGUCUCUCAGCAGAUUCAGAACAUUCAGAUUGGUCUGAAGACUGGCGGAGAUGGCGACAAGGCCCAAAUUGAACUCGUCGGAAGACGACUCGCUGUGAACUCCAACACCGGAAUUUUCAUUACCAUGAACCCUGGUUAUGCUGGUCGUUCCAAUUUGCCAGACAACUUGAAGAAGCUGUUCCGCAGCGUUGCCAUGUCCAAACCAGACAAGGAGCUAAUUGCGGAAGUGAUGCUUUUCUCCCAAGGUUUCAAGCAGGCUAAACCUCUCUCCAAGCAGACCGUUCCCUUCUUCGACCACUGUGCUUCCCGGCUCUCCAAGCAGGCUCAUUACGAUUUCGGUCUCCGUGCAUUGAAGAGUGUGCUUGUUAGCUCAGGUGGUCUUAAGCGCGCUCGUCUUGCCAACGCCGAGGGAGACCUAGGCCCCGAGGAUGUUAUUGAACCUCAAAUUAUUGUUCAAAGUCUCCGGGAGACAAUCGCUCCUAAGCUUAUCCGAGAGGAUGUGGAAAUCAUGUUGGACAUUCAGGUGAAAGACUUCCCUGGCGUGGAUUAUGUGCCCGCCAACUUCGAGAAACUCACCCAGGCGAUCCGUGAUAUUGCUACCAAAGAGCAACAUCUCGUCGACAGUGAGAUGUGGAUCACCAAGGCACUGCAGCUCUACCAAAUUCAAUGCAUCCACCAUGGUGUCAUGAUGGUCGGCAAGUCGGGAGCCGGUAAAUCGGCUGCCUGGAAGAUUCUACUGCAAGCCAUGCAGCGCAUUGAAGGCGUUGAGGGCGUCUCCCACAUCAUCGACUCCAAGGUCAUGUCUAAGGAGUCUCUCUAUGGUAACCUUGACAGCACUACCCGUGAAUGGACGGACGGUCUCUUCACUGGAAUUCUGAGAAAGAUCGUAGACAAUCUCCGAGGCGAGGACAGCAAACGUCACUGGAUCGUUUUCGACGGAGAUGUUGAUCCUGAGUGGGUUGAGAACCUGAACAGUGUUCUUGAUGACAACAAACUUCUCACUCUUCCCAACGGAGAACGUCUCAACCUACCUUCCAAUGUUCGCAUCAUGUUCGAAGUUGAAAGCUUGAAGUAUGCCACGCUUGCCACCGUCAGUCGUUGCGGUAUGGUGUGGUUCAAUGCCGACACUGUCACUCCAACCAUGAUGAUUUCCAACUAUGUCGAAAGCCUCAGGACAAAGACCUUCGAGGACCUGGAUGAAGACAGCGCACCUGCGGGAACUGCAGCACUCCGGACACAGGAUGCCCAGGACACAGUUGCAACAAUUCUCAAACAGUUCCUGGAGGUUGAUGACCUGGUUCUCAAAGCUUUGGAGGAAGCAAAGAAAUACAACCAUAUCAUGGAGUUUACGGAUAUCCGUGCUCUCAACACUCUCUUCAGCUUGUUGAACAAGGCCUGCCGAAACGUGCUCGAAUACAAUGUCCAGCAUCCAGACUUCCCUCUGGACCCUGAACAGAUCGAGUCCUAUAUGUCCAAGAAGCUUCUUCUCACACUGGUCUGGUCUCUUACCGGUGAUUGUCCACUAAGUGACCGCAAGAUGUUCGGCAAAUACAUCACUGGAAUGUCUACUAUCGAUCUUCCACCGGACGGCGAUUCAUCUCUUAUUGACUACGACGUCAGUCUUCCCAAGUCUGACUGGACUAGCUGGCAUUCACAGGUGCCCACAAUUGAUAUCAACACACAUUCCGUCACUCAAACCGACGUCAUUAUCCCCACGGUCGAUACUAUCCGCCACGAGGAUGUGCUGUACUCGUGGCUUGCUGAGCAUAAGCCCUUGUUGCUUUGUGGCCCUCCUGGAUCCGGUAAGACUAUGACAUUGUUCGCCGCGCUCCGAAAGCUCCCGAAUAUGGAGGUUGUUGGUCUCAACUUCUCGAGUGCCACCACACCUGACCUCCUGGUCAAGACCUUUGAACAGUACUGUGAGUACAAGAAGACUCUUAAUGGUGUGGUGAUGUCUCCGAACCAGAUCGGCCGCUGGCUUGUCAUUUUCUGUGACGAGAUCAAUCUUCCGGCCCCUGAUCGCUACGGCACUCAGCGCGCCAUCUCCUUCCUGCGCCAACUUGUGGAGCAGAAUGGCUUCUGGAGGACUACUGACAAGACCUGGGUUACUCUGGAUCGCAUUCAAUUUGUUGGUGCCUGUAACCCUCCUACGGAUGCUGGUCGUACGCCGAUGGCCGAGAGAUUCCUGCGUCAUGCGCCCCUGAUCAUGGUCGAUUACCCUGGCGAAAUCUCUCUCAACCAGAUUUAUGGCACAUUCAACUCUGCUGUGCUUAAGAUUCUUCCGUUGCUGCGUGGAUACUCCGAGGCCCUCACUAGGGCUAUGGUUCAGUUCUACCUGGAAUCCCAGACCCGCUUCACGCCCCAAAUUCAGCCCCACUACGUGUACUCGCCUCGUGAGCUCACCAGAUGGGUUCGUGGUCUGUACGAGGCCAUCAAGCCACUGGAAACUCUUUCUGUUGAAGGCCUGGUCCGCAUUUGGGCACACGAAGCCCUGCGGCUAUUCCAGGACAGACUCGUGGAUGAAGAUGAGAGAGCUUGGACAGCAGAUGCUGUACGCCGCAUUGCCUUGGAACAUUUCCCUACAAUUGAUGAACAAGAAGCACUGAAGGGUCCGAUCUUGUUCUCCAACUGGCUGUCUAAGAACUACGUGCCUGUUGAACAAGAGAGUCUGCGUGACUUCGUGAAGGCACGUCUAAGAACCUUCUGUGAAGAAGAGGUGGAUGUUCCACUUGUGUUGUUCAACGAUGUUCUUGAGCAUGCGCUACGCAUCGAUCGUGUCUUCCGUCAGCCUCAAGGUCAUCUUAUCCUCAUCGGUGUGAGCGGAAGUGGAAAGACAACUCUAUCUCGCUUCGUCGCUUGGAUGAAUGGUCUGAAGGUCUUCCAGAUCAAGGUACACGGAAAGUACUCUUCGGAAGACUUCGAUGAUGAUCUUCGCAGCGUUCUUCGCCGGGCAGGAUGCAAGGGUGAAAAGAUUUGUUUCAUUAUGGACGAGUCAAACGUCCUUGACUCUGGAUUCCUGGAACGCAUGAACACCUUGCUUGCAAACGCAGAAGUCCCUGGUCUCUUUGAGGGUGAUGAAUUCUCCUCGUUGAUGACUGCGUGUAAAGAAGGUGCCCAGCGUCAAGGCUUGCUCCUCGACUCGCAGGAGGAGCUGUACAAGUGGUUCACUUCGCAAAUUGUGAAGAACCUGCACGUUGUGUUUACCAUGAACCCGCCAGAGGAGGGCUUAUCUUCGAAGGCAGCCACCAGUCCCGCCUUGUUCAACCGUUGUGUCCUGAACUGGAUGGGUGACUGGUCUGACCAAGCCCUGUUCCAGGUCGGCUCCGAGCUCACUCAAUCGGUCGAUCUGGAUAAGCCAAACUUCAUCUCGCCUGAUAGCAUCCCAGUGGCGUACCGCGAGUUGGCUCUCCCGGCAUCACACAGAGACACUGUUGUCAAUUCCAUGGUGUAUAUUCACCACUCUUUACAUCGCUUCAAUGGGCGACUUCAGAAGCAACAGGGCCGGGUCACUUUCCUCACCCCUCGCCAUUAUCUCGACUUUGUGGCGCAGUACGUCAAGCUGUUUAACGAGAAGCGCGAGGAUCUUGAGGAACAACAGCGUCACUUGAACAUUGGUCUUGAAAAGCUUCACGACACCGUCGACAAAGUGAGCGACCUUCGAGCUAGUCUCGCACAAAAGAAAACACAGUUGGAGAGGAAGGACAUGGAGGCGAACGAGAAGCUGCAGCGUAUGGUUGCUGAUCAGCAGGAGGCAGAACAGCGGAAGCAGGUUUCAUUGGAAGUGCAGGCUGCAUUGGAGAUACAAGAGAAGGAAGUGGCAACUCGGAAAGAAGUUGUCCUGCACGAUCUGGCCCGGGCCGAGCCCGCUGUGCUGGAAGCCCAGAAGAGUGUCAGCAACAUUAAGCGUCAACACCUCACAGAAGUUCGGUCAAUGGGUAACCCUCCGGCCAGUGUCCGACUUGCCCUGGAAGCCGUAUGCACACUCCUCGGUCACACCGUCGACAGUUGGAAGACAAUCCAAGGUCUCAUUCGUCGGGAUGAUUUCAUUGCCAGUAUCGUCAACUACGAUAAUGAGCGCCAGAUGACGCGCAGGCACCGUACCAAGAUGCAGAAUGAGUUCCUCUCGAAGGAAGAUUUCACAUAUGAGCGAGUCAACCGCGCCAGUAAGGCCUGUGGUCCACUGGUGCAAUGGGUCGAAGCCCAGGUAAAUUACUCUGCAAUCCUCGACCGCGUUGGCCCUCUACGUGACGAGGUGGAUCAACUCGAGGAGCAAGCCCUGCAAACCAAGGCCGAGGCUCAGGCCAUCGAAAAUACCAUCAACGACCUCGAACGCAGCAUCGCUACCUACAAGGCCGAGUACGCGGCCCUUAUCAGUGAGACGCAAGCGAUCAAGACCGAGAUGAAUCGCGUUCAAUUCAAGGUCGACCGUAGUGUUCGUUUGCUUGACAGUUUGUCAUCUGAGCGUGAGCGCUGGGAAGAUGGAAGCAAGUCAUUCGAAACCCAGAUCAGCACCCUUGUUGGCGAUGUCCUCAUUGCGGCUGCAUUCCUUGCAUAUGCUGGUCUUUACGAUCAGCAAUUCCGUAAAGCAAUGGCUGAGGACUGGGUCCACCAACUGGGGGCCUCUGGCAUUGACUUCAAGCCUCAUAACCCUAUCACGGAAUACUUGUCCAAUGCCGAUGAGCGUCUGACCUGGCAGAGUCAUUCUCUUCCCGUUGAUGACCUUUGCACAGAGAACGCCAUCAUCCUCAAGAGAUUCAACAGAUACCCACUUAUUGUUGAUCCGUCUGGCCGUAUUACAGAAUUCUUACAGAAGGAAAGCAAAGACCGCAAGCUUACUGUCACGAGCUUCUUGGACGAUUCCUUUGUCAAGCAAUUGGAGAGCGCGUUGCGUUUCGGAAACCCCAUUCUUAUCCAGGAUGCCGAGCACCUGGACCCUAUUCUCAAUCACGUUCUCAAUAAGGAAUACCAAAAGACUGGUGGUCGUGUCCUCAUUCAAUUGGGCAAGCAAGAAAUCGAUUUCUCGCCAUCCUUCAAGCUCUUCCUAUCGACCCGGGAUCCAUCUGCCUCGUUCCCGCCAGAUAUUUGCAGUCGUACAACCUUCGUCAACUUCACUGUCACCCAAAGCAGCUUGCAAACACAGUCAUUGAAUGAUGUCCUCAAAUUCGAGCGGCCCGAUGUCGAUGAGCGUCGCAACAAUCUCGUCAAGAUGCAAGGAGAGUUCAAGGUCCACCUUCGACAACUUGAGAAACGUCUUUUGCAAGCUCUCAACGAGUCCCGUGGUAACAUUCUCGAUGAUGACAAUGUCAUUGAAACUCUUGAAACUCUCAAGAAGGAGGCUGCCGAUAUUUCUCUCAAAAUGGACCAGACCGAAGGCGUUAUGCUCGAGGUGGAUAACGUUACUCAGAACUACAGCAUCAUUGCCCGUUCGUGCAGCGCCGUCUUUGCGGUUCUGGAACAGCUUCACCACCUCAACCACUUCUACCAGUUCUCUCUGCAGUAUUUUGUCGAUAUUUUCAACUCUGUUCUCUACCAGAACAAACGUCUUGCCCAGGAGAAGGAUCAUUCUGCACGUGUCCAGAUUAUUGUCAGGGACUUGUUUAUCAACACCUACAAGCGAACCUCGCUAGGUCUCGUUCAGAAGGAUCGCAUCACCCUUGCCAUCCUACUUGCUCAAGCUACUCCAUUCCCCAUGGACAGGACCAUUCUCGACCGCGUCCUAGAUGAGACAGUAGUGGAUACGGAUCUUUCAACUGCCGUGGACGCCCGCGACCAAGUGAUGACGAAGUUGGCCAACAUGUCCCUCUUCAAAGACCAUCUUUCGAAUAUCACCCAAGAACAGUGGGAUCGCUUCUUCGACGAGGAGCUUGCAGAGAACGUCGUUCCCGUUAUGUGGGACGAGAGUGUAUCUCAACUCGACCAGCUCCUUCGGUCUUUGCUCCUUGUCAAGAUCUGCCGCAUGGACCGAUUUGUGCCUAGCGCUGAGCGCUUCAUCGAGGCCGUGUUCGGCCGCGAGCUCUUCGAGGGUGGUGCCGACCUCAAAGAUGUAGUUGACCAAGUCACUGCAACCAGACCCAUCGCGCUCAGCUCCAGCCCUGGCUUCGAUGCCAGUUACAAGGUCGAUGCUCUGGUCGAAGCCACACGCGCAACCUGUGCCAACAUCGCCAUGGGAUCCAACGAAGGUCUCGAAAGCGCCGACAAGGCCAUCAGCAACGCAGCUGCAGUCGGUAACUGGGUUCUGGUCAAGAACGUCCAUCUGGCGCCUGCUUGGCUGCAGAGUCUUGAAAAGAGACUGGAUUCCCUCAAGCCACACAAGGAAUUCCGCCUCUUCUUGUCUAUGGAAUCCAGCCCUAAGAUCCCAGUCAAUUUGAUCCGCGCCUCGCGUGUGCUGAUGUACGAACAGCCAGCGGGUGUGCGUGCAAACAUGAAGGAUUCCCUCUCUUCUUUGAGCGUCAGAGCCAGCAAGGCUCCCGUCGAAAAAGCCCGUGUCUACCUCUUGCUCUGCUUCCUGCACGCCGUCGUCCAGGAAAGACUUCGCUACGCACCAAGUCUUGGAUGGAAGGGAUUCUGGGAAUUCAAUGACAGCGACUACGAAUGCUCAGCCUUCAUCAUCGACCACUGGGUCGAUUCAGUAUCCCAAGGCCGUUCCAACGUUGCUCCACAGAAGAUUCCAUGGGAGAUGAUCCGCACUCUUGUCGCAGAGAUGUACGGUGGUAAAAUCGACGAUGCGGGCGAUUACCAGCAGCUCGAGAACCUGGUCAAUAGCUUCCUUACACCCGCCGCCUUUGAAGACGGAUACAAGCUCGUCUCCGGUGUCGAGAACGAUAACCUUUUGUCUCUGCCGGAGACCACUAGUAUGCGCGACUUCGUCGCAUGGGUUAACAACCUGCCCGAGCGUGAACCCCCUACCUACUUGGGUCUCCCUGCCAAUGCCGAGAAACUCUUGCUGGUCGGCCAUGGCCGUAAGAUGAUUUCUGAUCUCUCGCGGGUUACGACUCUGCUUGAUGAAGGAGAGCAGUUGAUGGUCGAUAACUGA